AUCCUGCCAGGGACUCUGGUGCUGAUGGUGCUUCUGCAUCCCUUCAUGGGCUACGGAAGGGGGGGACGGAUCGAGCCCCCCGCUGCCCACUUUCUCUACCAGGGGAAGCUCGAGUGCCGCUUCGCCAACGGGACUCACGGGGAGGUCCGCUUCCUACAAAGAUACAUCUACGGGCGGGAGGAGUUCGUGCGCUUCGACAGCCACCGCAGAGAGUACGAGGCCAUCACCAAGCUGGGCGAGCCCGACGUCCCCGCCUGGAACAGCCGGAAGUCCUGGAUGGACUACGUGCGGGGCCAGGUGGACGCCUUCUGCCGCGCCAACUACAAGAUCGAAAAGGGACGGAGCGUCACCCUCACCAGGAGAGAUCAGCCCACGGUGAAGAUCUCCCACACCAAGGCAGGGCCCCUGGCCCACCACAGCCUCCUGCUCUGCACCGCGACAGGAUAUUACCCCUCGGGGGUUCGUUUCAAGUGGCUGAAGAACGGGCAGGAGCAGACGGAAGGGGUAGGGUACAUGGAUGAGGUCCACAACGGAGACUGGACCUUCCAGAACCAGGCGAUGCUGGAGACGGUGCCCCAGCGGGGAGACCUCUACGCCUGCCAGGUGGAGCACAGCAGCCGGAAGGAACCCAUCACCGUGUCAUGGGAGCCGCGGUCAUCGAACUCUGCCCAGAGCAAAGUGUGGACGGGGGCUUUGGGGGCCGUGCUGGGGGUGGUCUUUGGGGCCGCGGGAGUCUCCUUCUACCUGAAGACCAGGCGAGGGGAAAGCGGAUAAAUUUGAAAAUUGUCAAACUCACGGUAUCCCGAUGGUGCUGUAUGGUGUCGGAAUGUCACUA